GUAGUGAAUUCUUGGUGCGCAUUUUCGUUUCCAAUUCCACCACUUUUACUCGUUGACAGACAUUAAAUUUUAGCUUAGCGGCAACGCAUGUGUUUGUGAUUGUGUGAAAGUGAAACAUUUCAACAGCUAAAGUCAUAUCACUAGGCAGUCGUAUAUGACUCCAUAAUCAGGAAUCGCUAUUCACCCAUCGAAAGAAUUUGAUUACAUAUAAUGGUGAAACGCCGAGGAAAGGCCAAAAAGGCCCUUAAGAAGAUUGGUUCUUUAGCUGUGAUGAAGCCUUCACAUGUCAUAUCGAAUACCGCAAAAGUUCAUCCAAAUGAUACAAAUGAUUGCUACCCACUAAAUAAAUUAUGUCGUUUAUGUUUACUAUCAAACACAAAUAUGGAACCAAUAUUUUCUUUUCCUGGGGAUGAAAGACUUGUUGAUAAAAUAUUUCAAUGCACUAAUCUGAAAAUUACAGAGAAUGCUGACCAAGGAAUUCCGACGUCUAUAUGCGGUCAGUGUAAGAAACAACUUGAUCAAUGUUACGAAUUUCGUUUACUUUGCUGGAAGAACAAUGAAGUCCUUUAUAAUCUUCAUGCUAUUCUUAGUCCUCGAAACACUGCACAAACUGUAGCACGUCCUGAUAAUACGAUUUUGCCUAAUCCUGUAGUACAAUUGAGAAAGCUGAACAUUAAUUCGAGUUCAUCUCAACCUGAUGAAAUCGAUCUUUUAAAACUGUACACUCCACCCAAGACUGGAAAAAGAUCAAAUUUGUCAAGACGAAGCUUUGGUGAAAUUUCAUUAGAUCAGCUUUAUACACCGUCCCGUCGUGGCCACAAAUCAUCAACAUUUCCACGUUUUUUAAAGGAGUUAGUUGUACAACUUACUCCUCUUUCUACAACAUUUAUCAAUAAAUAUCGCAAGACCGUUGGAAGUACGAAAACAAAAGCAGCCGUGAAAUCUUUUGCCCAACUAACGAGUCCUCGUGGAAGAUCGAAAUCCUCGCAGCCGGCUACAAAAGCAAAACCUGUUGCUAAACAGUCACCAGCUGUCAAAACAAAGAUUGAAAAGAAAAUGUCAAACAUUAAUUCAAUCAAAUUUUCGAAAACUAAACCUACUCCGGCCGUGAAGAAAAACAAGAUUAAACGAAUCGAGAUUGCCGUACCACCCAAGAAACGAAAGGAAAAUUUUACUACAGCCGUUCCGACAACGGUGACGUGUUUGCUGUGCUCGCAAACCUUUAUCAGUCAGAAGAAUCUUAGUCGUCAUAUGGCCACUCAUGAAAAUGACUUGCUAAUAGAUAUGUUGAAUCGCAAGCAGAAACGCAUAUUCAACUGCGAUGUAUGCCAUAAGGAAUAUCUAAAACCACAACAGCUUGCUGAACAUUUGUCCAGUGCCGAGCAUAUUGUAAACGUUGUUCCGAAUGCACCUGAUGAAGGCAUAGAAGAAUCAAUUCUUCCUGAUAACGAUGAAGGGGACUUGAUUACCGAUGACAACCCACCAGUGGUUACUUGUGAUAUUACUAACGAUAUAGCAGAAGUAGAAAUUACCGAUCAGUCUAAUCAUCAAGAGCUUGAUCGACAGCAACAAUCUCCUGAUACGAACGAUAUUUCCCAGAACAGUGAUCACGUUGUCGAGAAUGAAAGGCAACAACCGGCAGAAUCAAAUGAGAUUGAAGGCGAAGAACCGUCAGCAAGCGAAAGUGCUAUAAUUCGAGAUGCCAGUCCUAUUCCGUUGGACAGUGAAUCAUCACGGUCACGGGAUGGUGGCGUACAGUAUAGCGAUGUGUGCUCGACAAAUAACGAAGAGAACUUGUUUAAUGGUAGCAGUGGAACAGAUGUUUUCAACACAUCACGCCGAGUCACGUUUUCGGAUAUUACGGAGGUGGUUGAUUAACUGUUGCAUUAGGUGCCAUUCAAUGAAUAUUGGUGAAAUUAUUAUUCACGAUCUUUUAUUUGAAUUUUUAUCCUAUUUCUUUUUAAUUGAUUUUAAGAUUUUGAGAAGUUUCAGUGUUUAAUUAUAACUACCACAUGUACAUGUCCAAUAGA